AUGGCCAACAAGGCGGCUGCUGUCCCAGGUUCUGGCGAGGAUAAGGUCGUUUCCACUGACAGCUUUGAUGUUACACGUUUCGUUGAUUCCUUGUUGAACACGGACGAGGAAUGGCUCAAGCAAAGUGUCAUCAUCGGUGAGAAGAUUACGACGAACGAGAUUAAUGCUAUUACUAAGGAUGUGAACGAUUCUCAGUGGUCCAUGACAAUGUAUAAAAGUGAAGCAUCUAAAGGUAAUCGUAUCUGA